UACGUUAAUUUAUUCCCAGACUCAUUUCUUCGAGUCGCAGUUGUAACUGUGCUUUCUCGCGCUCAACUUCGCGCUAUCGGCUCUUAUCUGGAACGAAUGGAACAUUUUAACAAUAAUAAUACUCUCUCUCGAUAAUACCAAGUUUUGUGGAACGUCUCCUCUAGCUGCGUAAUCGUCUUCUGAUAAGGAGGUUGCGAGAUUGAUGCUCACGAGUAUUCGAGUAUUCAGUCCUCGAUCGGUACUCCAUGGUGGAUUAUAAAGCGUCGCGUUGCUUCUGCAAUUUGAUACGGGCACGAGGUUUGGAAUAUUCGCGUAAAUCGACGUGCACGGGGCAAACAAACACGGAGACACGUUAACUUUACUUCCGGAAGAGCCGUGGAAAUUCGACCGGCAUGACGGCUAGCACCGUGUUCGCCGCCUUCUCGGUCCUCAAGGAUCACGUCAAAUUCAAAGUCAACCAGAAUUCGGUAGCCAUUGAUAAUCUCGUUUUCAGAUUACACUACAGGGCUACAUUUUUACUGCUUCUCGUCGCGUCCAUUCUGGUCACCUCCAGACAAUUUAUUGGAGAACACAUAAGGUGUAUCGCCGACAAUGGUGUGGCAUCUCACGUCAUCGAGACCUUUUGCUUCUUUAUGUCCACGUAUACCGUGGUGAAGCAUCUGAAUGCUACCGCGAUAGAACGGGGCGAAUUACCGCAUCCUGGCGUUGGACCAGCUGCCAAAGACGACCCCGUCAUACAUCACGCUUAUUAUCAAUGGGUGCCCUUUAUUCUGUUCUUCCAGGCGCUCCUCUUUUAUGUGCCGCAUUACCUAUGGCGGAAAACGGAAGGCGGUCGGCUAAGCUUGCUGGUGUCAGGAUUACACAUGGCAUCUCUGUCAUUAAAUGAAACGGAGAUCAAGGUGAACGACAAAUUGAACGUACCGUCGAUAAAGGAUCGCGAUGAAAAGAUACAAGGGAUUCGCACCGCCUUCAUAAAUCGCCUGCACUUGAAUCGUCCGUGGGCAUAUGGUCUGAUGUUUUGCGAGCUUCUGAAUUUCGUAAACCUGAUCAUGCAAAUUUACCUGACCGACUGGUUCCUCGGCGGAGCUUUCAUGGAUCUCGGUCGGUCGGUAGUUUCCGUACCAGCGUCGAAGGAUAAAGUGAGCCCACUCGAUAUAGUAUUCCCUAAGGUGACCAAAUGCACUUUUCAUAAGUACGGUUCUUCUGGCACCAUACAAAAGCAUGACGCGCUGUGUAUUAUGGCACUGAACAUCGUUAACGAGAAGAUCUAUACGUUCCUUUGGUUCUGGUUUAUCAUACUGGCAGUGAUAACCGGUUUGGGAUUGGUUUGGAGAUUACUGACCAUACUCCUUCACUCGAGAAGUACGUCAUUCAACAAACUCGUGUUCUCCAUGGCGUGCCCUGGAAAGUACAAUCCGUGGAACGUACUCAGGGUCACUCACGAGUACUACUUCGGCGACUGGCUGUUUCUCUAUUACAUCGCGAAGAAUCUGGACAACUAUGUGUUCAAGGAGCUCCUUCAGAGUUUGGCGGAGGACCUGGAGAACCGGCGUCACGCGCAUUACAAGAUCUUGCCGCUGGACGUGGAGCAGGAACUGAAGAAGCAUUGGGAAGAUAAGCCUCUCAUGAAUGAGAACGAAUAUAAAAUAGUUUCUAAACAAUGAUGACCUGUAAAUAGACAGCUUUAAGAAUCUGAAAUUCCAACGACAUGGACGAAUAGAUCAUAGAAUAGAUUUUUUUUUUAAUUCA